AAGAAGCCGACGCAACAUAGACGCUUAAAGAGGGACUCAGUGAAAAAAAACAUCUGCAGGUCUGGGGAUGCCCUUCAAUCCCGGUCUAUAGCACUCCACUUUUCUGCUUUCUCAAGACUUCACGAUUAAGCCCUCAGACUCAGAUGUUUGGUAAAGAAAGAGUUAAUGAGUUUAAAUUUUUUUUUCUGCUGCUGUGUUGCCAGAGUGAAAGUGAAAUCAAAAGCAGGAGCCUGUCAGCAGUCUGGGACAAGGUUUGAUUCCUGUAAGGUCUUCUGGGUUCGGGGGCCAUUUGGAGACCCUGUUUCCCAAGGACAGCAUGAUUCAAGAGCUCCUUUUCUUCUGUGGUCUGCUGGGUCUGCAUGCAGGGUCAACAAACGAUCGCACAGCCACACCUCCAUUUCGAACAGUGGAUAUAGUCCUGGAAUGCUCCUACCUGGGGGAAGCUCCGAAGGGCUUGCUAGGUGCUUUUGGUGGCUCGUUCUCCAAGGACCUUGCUACCCUUGUGCUGAGGGACGUCAGCGUCAGAGAUGAUGGGAGCUUGGGUGAGGCGACUCAUUACAAAGUGCCGUGGAAAAGUGCUGGCUCCUCUUCUCGCAUUAUUUUUGAAGCCUCAGCCCCAUCGGUAUCCAUCCCACAUGCAGAGGCCCUGCUGCAUGCCGACUGUAGUGGGGAGAAGGUGAACUGUGAGAUCUCCCCAUACAACUUCCAGCAGCAUGGCAAGGGGCCCUGCCCUGCCUCCUGGUUCAUGGGGACUCUGCGCCUAUCCAGAGGGAUCAGUAUUGCCCUGGUGCUCAGAGGCCCCCACUGCAGUGGCGAGCAGGCGGACAAGUCAGAUGCAAUACUGCACCCAAAGCUGAGGAUUCCUGUGAGCGAGAAGGGGACAGUGCUGACCACAGUUGAAUUGCAGUCAUCGUCAUGCAACACUUCCCUGCGCACCCAUCUUGGCGGCUUGGUCACCCUUGACUGCCACUUUGCCUUGGCUCCCAGCUCCCUGCUCUCCUCCCUGGAGUGGAGGAGGCAGCACCGAGGCAGCGGGCGAAGGCUGUUUCGGUACCAGGCAGGGAGCACAGGCCCAAGAGUGGAGCCAAAAGUCCAUGUGGAUUUGCCACAGUUGCUGGGGAAUGGAGAUGCAUCACUUAAACUGCAAGAAGUGAACGUGGAAGACGAGGGCACGUACAUGUGUUUGGUGUCAACCCCACAGCACCAGAUCCAGCAUGUCAUCCAGCUGCAGGUGGCUGAGCCCCCAAGAGUUCGUGUGAUUCCAGAACAGGUGUCAUUCAAGAGAGAUGUCACUACUACUCUGACCUGUGACAUUGCUGGCUAUUACCCCCUGGAUGUCUCCGUGAGCUGGACCCAGAAGACUGCUGAGGAUGAAGCAGAAAUCACUCUCUCAAGUAUACGUUUCUCCAGCCACCAGCAAAGCCAAGAUGGCACCUACAGCAUCACCUCCUACCUGAGCAUCAGCUCAGCCACAGUGCAGGCACCAGCCACCUACAGCUGCCAUGUGUCACAUGUGGCCCUGGAGGAGCCCAUCUCUGUUAGUGCCUAUCUGAAGGCACCAGAAAAAACAGGAUCGGAAGGACUGGUGGGAGGCUUCAUUGCUACUGUCAUUUUCAGCAUUGUCCUCUUCAUUGUGCUCAGGAGGAAAAGGACAGUUAAACCAAAGUCUGAGCAACUUCUAGGGGCUUCAGAGUAAAAGAAGCCCUUGCCUACACUGCUUUGUCUCCCUUAUCCUGAUACAUCCUGCUCAGGAGAGCCAGCUCUGCCCAAAUAGUAACAGAGCUAUUGGUCAGUAUGGGCAGGGCUCCCCUUCAUAGAGGAGCUGAGUGACCUGGGAGAUGUGGAGUCAUGGAAAAACAUGUCUUCAUCGUGGGAGGGCAACACUGAUAGCCUCAACUCAUUGCUGGGAUGCCACAUUAGAUGCAACAUGCAUAGAUUUCUAGAAAUGCCUCUACUGCAGUUUCAGGGAAAAGUAAAUUGUAUAUAGUUGAAGUGUUUGUGACUAUACAUGAGUACCUGCAUAUUUUGUAAAUAAGCAUUCAAAAUAUAUAUAUGCACAUGUUGCAUAUUGCUAUAUGUCUGUAGCUGUAUAUAGAUUUGAUUAAGGCCUGAUAAUGCCUGAAUAAUGAAGACAUUCUUGUAUGUAUGUAUACAUCUUAACUGACUGUAGGGAUGGGUAAAUAUGUAUGCAGAACUGAUACUUCAAAAUGGUAAAUCCUCAAAGUGAGGAAAUUACAGGUUAAACUGAUUGCAAGUAAAACAAUCAAAAAUAUGAUGAAAUGCUGUCACAGAAAGUUAUAACAAAAUUUUGUAACAGAAAUUUCACUAAUACAAAUUUACAAGAAGAUUUGUGGUUCUGCAGUUCUGAAAUAGGCAGAACUGUAACCCUCUUCUGCCUAACAGGGAAUUUGAAGGUAGCACUUAGAAAUCUUGUAUGUAACCAACAGAAAAGAAGAAAAGUAGAAGGAAGGUAUAGAUGGAAAGGAGCUAUAUGGCACACAAUAUAAAUGAGAAGUAAUGAAGCAUACAGACUGAUAAGGAGUGUUCAAAAUAUCUGGAAAAACUGGAUUGCUGCUAGCACUAAAGGCACUUGAAAGGAGUUUUUCAAAAUAUGUUGGGAACCAAGAUAUUCUAGCAAUGGCCUAGACCCUUACCAGACGGGUAUAGGUAAAACUGUUGAUAGAGAAGAUUUCUGAUUUUUUGAUACAGAGAAAAUAUUUGUUUGUAUACAGAAAGAAGUAGAAUUAAGUAUUCAGAUUACGUGAGGGUGGUGAACAGUUUUCUAGUCUAUUUAUAAACUAAGGAGGGUUUCUAACUAUCUAUUAAGCUUAGGUAUUUUCAGAUCAGUAGGCCAAGAUAACUAGCACUUCAGCAUCAUAGAAGUUUUGGCUGAGGAGGUGUCGGAUCCAUUAGAAUCAGAUAUUUGAAAACCCUGGAAUGUGAGAGGAAUCCCAAGAUACUGGAAGAGUGUUAAAGUUGUGUCAGUGUUCAUGAAGAAUAAGCAAGAUGACAGAGAUGACUUAGAAGGUUCCAUAAUAAUAAUCAUAGGCAACAGAUUGUGAAACUAAUGCAAGGCAGCUAACAAAGACUUCAAAAAUGAAAAUGAAAUUAAUAAUUUAGUAUUUGGUUUUAUUUUUUUAAAAGAUGUGAGAAAGAUACCUAACUCAUUCCUUUACAGAAUAAUACAUUUGGUUGAUAAAAGUACUGGUUGCAGAUAAGCAUGACAUUCUGAAGGAAAAAAUAGCAAUGUAUAUAAACAUCAUGAUUUGUGUCAUAUGGAUUAAUUACUGGCUAACUGUCCAAAAAGGAAACAUCAGUCACUGCUGAAAGUGUAUGCUUCUUUGACAGGGAGCCCAGUGCUAUUUAAUGUUUGCAUCAGGAAAUAUAACUAUAAAAAUUAUUGUUGACAUAAUUUGCAAACGGCAAGAAGAUCAGUAGCUAAAUCUGACAGACUCAUUCAGAUCAGCAUGGGUCAAAUGUUUAGCUGAGCAUAUUCAAACAAAGUAAGAACGCUCAGUAACGUCUGUGGAAUCUCCUAGGGUGUGAGACCUAGCAUGCUAGUUCAAAACCAUUGCUCCAUAAAUCACUAUUAGUCGCGUGACCUGAAAGAAUAUGUAACAGUGACUACUGGCAGAGUGUAACUGCUGGCAGAAGCAGUUUUUGCUUGUAUCAUUUCCUCUUCAUUUUUGAUGCCCUACCAAUCUAUAAAUAUUUUUAGUUUUGAGUGGUUGUUUUCUGUCUGUGCAUUUCCCAUGCAACUUUGUGGAGGCAAGCCUGUUGCAAGGCUCUGUGGCUGGUGAACAGGCAGGCUGAAAGCUGUGAAGAAAGGGAAAUCAUAGGACCCUCACCCAAGAGAAAUGCAGUCUAAGACCUGGGACACAGGAAAGGGAGCUCACAAAGGGACUGAGCAUUGACAGGCAGAUUAAACUCCAGCUCUUGAAGUGAAUACUUGUCCCCUUGCUCCCAGAGCUUGCUCCCCUGGAGCAGGAAUCAAUGAAGCCACUCAUGGACUAGCUGAAUGGACAUGUUGAAAACUUGAAGGUGGUCCAGAGCUAAAUGACAGGACCAAUUAGGAAGCUAGGAAAACGCCUUAGGGGGAAAGAGUUAGAGACCUUACUCUGACUUUACUAACCUAGUAUCUCUUUGUUACGCCAGAGAAAAUACAGAAUACUAAUGACAUCAUAACCUGUAAAGAAAAGCAUAGAAAGAAUCAACAGCUGUAGGUUAAAUUUAGGCAUGUUUAAAAUAGAGUAAGUUGUAAUAUAUUCAAUAGCAAGGAUGAUUGUUCUAGCUACCUCUCAAUGAAAAUGGUAGAUCAGCUCUCAAGGUCUUCAAAUAAGGUCCAGACCACAUCUCCCUACACAGAGGAAAGCUGACCUUUAUGAAGCUUCCACCUCAAUACCACAUGCUCAGGCUGAGAAGCUUCAAAUUCCACCAGUCCAGUCAUCGUUGGCCUCUAGUGGACUUAUAACGGAGGGCCUAAUGUAUGAGAAUCAUUCAAAGCUAAAAUCUGUCUCUCAUAGUCCCCCAGGCAAUGAUGGAAAGUAAGUCAUUUAAGUCUAGUGUGUAACAGGAAAGUUUUCCACACUGACCAUAGAAAUAAUACAAAACAUUCCCCUAUCUCCCCCAUCUUUGUCAAUGAACUGCCAGGAAUCACUGCAAUCUGCAUUCUACAGGUGGGGUGGGGUGGCCAGCAUUUAUGCUCUCCUACCAUACAUUACUUCCAGAUCAGAAAUUUGAAGCAGCAAGCUCCAUCUCAAGAGCUUAUCAUUACAGCCUGCUGUUGGAUCCGCUCAGUGAGUAGCAGGUGGUUCACACGCAUACACAGUGAAAUGACUCCCACACAGAUAUGGCUGCAUCAUCUUGAAAGCCUGCAGACGUCAAGGAUUUCUUUUCAAUAGCUGGAGAGCUCUUUUCUUAGAGAAAGUCAUCUUGCAGCUAUAUAUUGGCUGCUUCUCCUCUCAAGAAUCGGACUGCAGGAACACUGCCUCUGGGCUUUUCUCUGUGAAGAGGGCAAAAUGCUAAUCAAGGACAGGGAUUCACUAGCACUGUGUGGCUGCAUUUCUUAGUAACUGCCAGUCUUUUGCCAGUCUUUUGAUAAGCUCAAUUCCUCUGGCCUACUCUAUCUAGAGUUCAAUGACAGGAGCAAUGUUAAGCUAUACCAGCUUAUGAAUCUCUUGUAAUAUUCUGUUCUCUUCCUGCUCAAAAAUAAAUAAAUAAAUAAAUAAAUAAAA